AUGUUAAAACUUUGUCUACUAAUAGCAACAUGUACGUUCUGCAAUCUAAUUAUCAAUAUUCAAGCUCUACCGAUGCAAUUCGAUUCGAACACUUUUAUAAUAACAGCUGACGCUCCGGACGAGCCGGAGGAAAAGUUUACGGACAAUUGGAAUUACAAAACCGAACACAACGAAGUACCGAUUCUGUCUAAUGUCACCAGGAAGCACACGUUACCGCCUCUGGCCGGCAAUGGCACUGCUAGAUUGCUGUGGGAACUGGACCAGGAGAAAACCACGCACUUGCCGCAGUUCUUCGACAAAGCCUUGAAACUGCUCAAUCUCAAACAAGUCGCUUUCGAAAUCGAAAACUCCGUCAUGUCGAAGGUCUCCUGCACGGCAUGCAAAGCAGGCGCGGGACUGCUGCAGCAUUACACCAAAACCGGCAAAUCCGAGAAGGAAAUCAAAAAAACCAUUUACCAAUUUUGCGUCAAUUUGAAAAUCCAAUCGCCUCGAGUGUGCGAGGGCAUCACCGAACUAUUCGCGGGAGAGGUCAUUUACGUUUUGAGCAAAGUCAAAAUAGGUCCGGACGAGAUUUGCAGCUUCGUUAUCGGCGACGCCUGCGGGGACGUUUACAACCCCUAUCACGAGUGGGAGGUGAUGUUCCCGCCGGUACCCAAACCCACCCUCGUGGAACCCAAAAUUCCGGAGGCCAGCGCGCCCACUUUUAAGGUGCUCCAUCUAUCAGACACCCAUUACGAUCCCUACUACAUGGAGGGCAGCAACGCCGAUUGCUCGGAGCCUUUGUGUUGCCGCCUCACCAACGGACUGGCCACGUCCAAAGAACAAGCAGCCGGAAAAUGGGGGGAUUACAGGAAAUGCGACACUCCGAAGAUUACUGUGGAUAAUAUGCUGCAACACAUACAGGACAAGCACCCGGAUAUCGAUUACAUCUUGUGGACCGGCGAUCUGCCGCCUCACGACAUUUGGAAUCAAACCAAAGAGGAAAACCUGAAGAUACUGAAAGACACGGUCAAGCAAAUGCUGACGAUGUUCCCCGGCAUACCGAUUUUUCCGGCUUUGGGAAACCACGAAUCCGCGCCGGUGAACAGUUUUCCUCCGCCGUUCGUUGACAAUCCGGACAGUUCCAUAUCGUGGUUGUACGACGAGCUGGACGUGCAAUGGAGAAAAUGGCUGCCCGGCUCGGUCAGUAACACGGUGAGAAGGGGCGCCUUUUACUCGGUAUUGAUCAGGCCGGGAUUCAGAUUGAUUUCGUUGAACAUGAAUUACUGCAACAACAAGAACUGGUGGUUGUUACUGAACAGCACAGAUCCCGCCACGGAGCUCCAGUGGUUCAUUUACGAACUUCAAUCGGCGGAAUUCAACGGGGAGAAAGUCCACGUUAUAGGUCACAUUCCACCGGGACAUUCUGAUUGCCUCAAAGUCUGGUCGAGGAACUACUACGCCGUCAUAAAUCGCUACGAAUCCAUCAUAACGGCCCAGUUCUUCGGCCACACGCACUACGACGAAUUCGAAGUCUUCUACGAUAAAAAAGACCUAUCCAGGGCAAUCAGCAUCGCCUACGUAGGACCCUCGGUCACCCCGUACUACGACCUAAAUCCCGGAUACAGGAUAUACUACGUAGACGGAGACCACGACAAGUCGACAAGGUCGGUGGUCGAUCACGAAUCGUGGACGAUGAACCUGAGGGAGGCGAAUCUCUACGGCUAUCCCAUUUGGUUCAAGCUCUAUUCGGCCAGGCAGGCGUUCGGUUUGGAGUCGCUGCGGCCGCAGGAUUGGGACGAGCUCGUCGCCAGGAUGACCAACGAUCCCAAGCUGUUCGAUUUGUUUUACAAGUAUUAUUACAAGGCGAGUCCGGCGCGGCCGUCGUGCGAUACGGCGUGCAAGAAGCGGAUCCUGUGCGAUUUGCAUUCGGGCAGAUCGCACGAUCGGAAGAACCUCUGCGAGACGAUCGAGUCGAGGAUCGAUUCGUCGUCGAACGUCACGUGGAAGGAAUGGUUUUACAAUACUAUAUCGGUGUCAAUGUCUGUCUUGAUGUCAAUUCCACGGUUGACCAUACAGUUGCCCAAAUACGUGCUGGGUCUCGGAUAA